GAUGACGACAACGACCCAACAGCAAGGUUGGAAUGGAUGAAGCUGCAUUUGAAACGCCUAGGGAAAACUUGACGUCAAAGUGAUUCAAAUUAUUGGGAAGUCGAAAGGGGCUCAGAAAUCUCUGUUUAUAGUGUGCCCGUUUUGGACUAACUUUCUGAGUCAGUCGUUUGCCUCUUGGAAACUGGCCCACAACCCGCACGCUAUCAAAAAUAAUCAAAUUUUGAUGUAUUAGCUAAGCACUCAUACAACCUCAAUAAAAAUUUGCUUUGUUUGAUGGUAGGUAAGUAUGUUUUUAACGGAAGUGCAAGAUUGUGGCAAAACCUUAUAUGCGUUUGGGAUGCGAACACAUGCAGAUUACGUGAAAACAAAGAAUUUUAAUUUUUUGGUUCAAGUAAUCAAGAAAUUGAUCGUCGGCCAAUUGGAGCAAAACGCUCGCCAGAUCAGAUCGUGUAUAGAUGCAGGGUCAAUUGCUCCGGUCAAAAUAAUGAGAAACAAUGGAUUCAAUAAAGUUUGUAGUUACGAAGCAGCACAAUAUCGACACAAUCAGUUAUUCAAAGCUAAAGACGCCCUGGACUAUUAUAUUCAAACUGUUGAGGCUAAAUGUAAUGUGAUGCCAAUUGAGAGUUCAUGGAGCUCUAAUUUGAUUGCACCAACAGUCGAGCGAAUUGAGAGUGGUCUGGAGAUCAUUGACAGCCCUCUACUUCCUGGUGGAAUGUUUUUCAGCCGCACAUGUCUCUAUUCUGCUACCAGAGACAACCUGGACAUGUUGCGAAAGUUGGGUUAUCAAUUUCUUGUAGCUGGAGAUAAAGAAUCAUCUCAAUGGAAACCGAAAGCGUUGGGAUACGGGAGAAAGACUCGUUAUUCAAUACUUUCUACAUGGGAUUGUACAGUAACAGGAGAAGUCAGUGAUGACGCUCUCGUACUUCUUCUAAAGCAAGCUCGUUUAGCUGUUGUUGCAGCAAUCGAAUGUCAACCAAAGGCCGAGAAUGGUAUCGUUCACUUUCUCUGUCAUUUCAGCAGUUGCAGUUUGCAGGAACGAGUGCAAACUGUAUUGUGUGAUGAGAUUGGAUUUGAGACAAGCGAUUAUACUCCAAUGUAUGGCAAUUAUCGUCGCUGUGCAAGUUACGAACAACGAGUUUAA